AUGACGACGCAUGCCGAGGCGAUGACUUCUGGAACCCUGCCUACCGGUUCCUGUAGAGUCGACCCCGGGGCCAGGUUCAGCCCAGCGGGCAUCUUGACGACCUCCGCGUUGGUAGGGCGUGGGUGGAGCCAUGUUUGGGAUGCACUGGGCUUGUCGGUCGGUUUGACUCGCGCUGAGUCGAGUUGCGGCAGACGCGUUGGUACCUCAUUUCGCGUUUUCUCCCACUCAGCCGCCAACGUCUCGAUGCGAAAUGAAAUGCACGAAAAGGUGAUUUUAGAAGGCAUUCUUUCAAAACCCCACUUGUCCUCACACAAACCUGGGGGCAUGCUCGCCGAGCCGGCGGUACAGCCCAAAUCGGCCAUUCUUCGGUAUCACUGGCCUUCGUUUCGGCCGGCCAGUGCAAUCGCGUACGUGUGUGUUUGCGAGGUGGAGUCGGUCGGUCGGUCGGUCGGUCGGCUGUGGGCACACAUGCGUGUCGGGCUGUCUGAAAUGGAGAUCGGGUGUCAACCGCGCGCCGGUGAAUUGAGCCGAGAUGGGUCUUGUCGACAGAAACAGUUGACGGGCCGGGCAGCACAGUCGGUACAGUCGGUACAGUCGGUACAGUCGGUGCAGGCGGUGCAGGCGGCACAGUCGGUACAGGCGGGUGCCAAUGGCUCUCAGGCCGGUCCAACUUGGGCUGGUACCACGAGAAAGCCGAGCCUGCCACAGUCCGCGAAGACGGUCGUCCGUCGACUUGGCAAGUACUGGCUCACUACUUUGCGCCACGCCUGUCCGGCCAGGCUAACUGUCUGGCUGCCCGUCGCCAAGGCUACUGUAGCCCAGAUCGGUCAGUUGAUCAUCUCUUGUCUCGGCAUCACCGAUUUGGACAUCUUUGGAAUGAGGUCAACGAAUUAA